AUGCGACGCAGCAUGAUAGAAGGGCAGGUUCACGAUAAAACAGGAAUUGAAAACGUCCACGGAAAGCCAAGAAAAGUGCAGCACGACUUCCACUUCCCGCACUCUCAUUCCGUCAAAAUAAAACAAAGGACAGGCGCAAGGAGGGGGCAACAAGACGAAGAAUUAGCGUUUCUCGAGGCUGAAGUCCGAGCCAAGUCCUCUGAAACCUCUGAAAGUCCAAAACCGCCACCUCACGCGCUGGCAGCGACCCUGAUCAAUCGGGGAGUGAACUUAGAUCCACUGGGAAAAUGGACCAAGGUUGGGCUGGUGGUGUACGAUUCGCAAGUGCCUCUCGGAGCCACGCCCGAGUAUCAGGCCGGUCAUUAUAUGAUCCAAGGUGCUUCGAGUCUUCUCCCCGUCAUGGCCCUCGCCCCUCGCCCCAACGAACGCGUCUUGGACCUCUGCUCGGCUCCUGGAGGGAAAUCCACCCAUAUCGCAUGUCUCAUGCAGAACACGGGACUCCUGUUCUGCAACGACGCCAACAAGGAACGCGCAAAAGCGAUCGCAGGGAACCUGCAUCGCUCGGGAGUGACAAACGCAUGCGUUUCUGUUAUGGACGGGAGGAAGUUCCCCGGAGCCAUGGGUGGAUUCCAUCGAGUCUUGGUAGAUGCACCGUGCAGCGGGACGGGAGUCAUCUCCAAGGAUCCUCAAGUCAAGUCGGCCAAGGAAGAGAAAGAAUUCCAACAAUUAUCCAAUCUUCAAAAGCAACUACUCUUGGCGGGAAUCGACGCCUGUGCCGUCGGAGGACAUGUCGUCUAUUCCACCUGCUCUGUCAUGCCGGAUGAGAACGAGUGCGUGGUGCAGUACGCACUCAACAAGAGGAAUGUGAAAUUGGUCGAGACCGGACUAGAUUUUGGCGAGCAUGGUUUCACUCGUUAUCGACAUCUUCGGUUUCAUCCUUCCGUUGCAAGAACGAAGCGUUUCUAUCCCCAUGUGCACAACAUGGAGGGAUUCUUUGUUGCCAAGUUGAAAAAGUUUGAUGGGAAUCAAGGGAAGGAGUCGAAAGAGACAGAGGAAGAGGACGAAUCGGGACAGGACAAGAAGAACCUCGAGUCGUGAUAGAAGUGAUGGUGUUGAGAAUAAAAAUUGGG